CUGCGUGUGUUGCAAGAGACAUUUCGGUAAAUCGGUCCGGAGUAAAACCAGUUAACCGUGCAGACCAGAUCAGGUGCAGGUGCUUCGGCGGAAGCUUCUGUGAGCAACAGGAAUCGUGAACCAUGGUGAACUGCCAAGAAACUCACUUCAGUCUAAUCAAGAACUAACUUAUUCGGCUCAGGGUGGAUCUUGUUGAUAGAAGAGAGUCACUUUCAUUUUCUAGUGUUAGCCAUUGCGACACUCUGUUGGCAGCCAUCAGGAGAAGAGGAUUGGCCAGCUGAGAGCUCCUCGCUGUGCGAGUCGCAAGCGAGGGGGAGCGGAGGCUGUCGAUCCAAGGGGCGCCUUGAGCGACGCGAAUUUCUCCGUGACCGAGAGGAAAUCUUGGAGGGAGAAUGCAUCGUUGCUAUGGCUUGCCAGCCUUGGCCGCCAUUGCUCUUAUGUUGCUAUUGGCAACAUGCUCUGUCAGUGGCGAGGGCUUAGCAGAAGCUGGCAGGGAAUGUCUCCGCUGUAGCCGCGACGCAAAAUGCACGCUGAUGAGGAACGGACGGAUGGCGUGUAUCUGCGAAACCCAGUUCACAGGAAAUGGAACAUACUGUGAACGAUUCAUUGGUAUGUCCGAAAGCAGUAAGGGAAUCCUCCUCGGCGUAGGAAUCUACCUUGGUCUGGCCAUCUUCGUCACCUUCAUGUGUGUAGGCUUCCACUGCAGCAGAAGGCCACGUGGUGAACGCUUCCGUCUGUGCCCCUCGUAUAGCCAGUUUGGCAUGUCGGACGCACGUCACGGCACCUGUCCGCAGCGAGUACGUCGCCAGAUGAAGCGCGCCUUUACUCUGACUAGCAGCAUUGGUGGCAUGGUCUCGGGUGACAGCAUGGCCAAGGUGGCGGAGCGUGACCUCAAAAGUGUCUGGGCCAAAGACAAGGGCAGCAUGGCUAAACCGGCUGGCUUGUCGUCCGGCCUGUCGGACAUUCUCUCCACGUCCGGCCCGGACACCAGUGCGCCGAGGAUCGGCUCGUUCCGUUCGGCCAACCGACAGGCGACUGAUCAGCCGUCCAGCGACAGCGCGCUGACCAGCAGCACGGGCAAGCGCAGUCGAACACGCUCCAUGCACGCAGGCCUGACGGAGAUGGGUAACGGCCCCGGGCACAAGGAGCGCAGCAUGCCGACGUCGAAGAUGGUCUCCAGUAACAACAGUGCGUCCGCUAUCGGCAAGCAGCACGGCGGGCACAAUGGCAGCAACAGCCUACUGAAACGCACCGCCAGCCAGAUGGGGAAGAUGGCGCUGGAAACCUACUCGGUGUUCGACGACGACAUUCCGCUGCUCCAGUCCAAAGCACACGCGCACAUCUUUGCGUUUCCCGAAGGCGCUUUCAGCACUUCUGCGCCCAGCACGCGGAGGAACAAGCGUCCGACCAACACGACGACAAUUGAAUUCCACAGCCCCAGCGAUUCCGAAAAGAGCCUACCUUCACCAACCGUCGAGAUCAGGACCGGAUCCGCCAAGUCACCAAAAUCACCUACUCCCUUCGUGACGGCACUCGCGGAGCAGGAUGAAGAAGUAAGUCCCGAAGAUUCGAGCCAGGAGCAGACAACAGAGAGCGACGAGCAACUUGAUUCUAGCUCUGACUCCACCGGCCGCAGUAGCUCAGAGCCGCUCACGGACGAUAUCGAAGCCAACAUUAGUCGAAAGAGUGUGGAGAGUGAACUGUCCUGCGAUGAGAACGGUGCGCAUCGCAACAGCGCCGAGUGCCUGAUCGGUAACAUGGGCUUGCCGAGACACUCCACCGACACUGUAUGUACUGAUGGGAUGCUGGACGCGUUCAACGACUUUGGCCUGGACAGCCUGGAGGAAGACCUGAAGCGACUGCGACAGGACACACACGACGUAGCAGGCAACCCGUCCACAGAGACUACAGCUGGUGGUGGUGGCGAAGAGCCGCGCGGCGGUGCGCAUGCGGCCAUACGCAGGCGCGCUGAGGCACGGGCUGCGGCCGCUGCUGCUGCCGCUGCUGCCGCCGAAGGGGAGCGGACUCCCGUGUCCAAGUCGAAAUCGUUCAAGUCGCACACACCGACGCUCCUGAAAAGCGGCAAUAAGCACGGCCAUCGAUCGAAAGCCAACGCGGGCAAGAAGGACAUUAAGGAGUGAGUGAUGGCUGGCGGCCGCGUGUAACUAGGUGAUGACCUGGCGUGUGUCAAUCACCAUAGCUAAGUUACAGUGGUACGCUAGGGUGCUCCCACAGUCGAUGCUGGCGCACACAGUCAACGUGAUCGCUCUCUCUCUCUCUCUCUCUCUCUCUCUCUCUCUCUCUCUCUCUCUCUCUCUCUCUCUCUCUCUCUCUCGCUUGUGUGUUUUUCCAUUUCAAGUUUGCGUUCCUGUCUGUCGAUUUUCUCGUUUGUGCGUUUGUCUGUCCAUUUGCCUGUUCAUGGGCUCGUCCAUCCAUUUGCCAAUGUGUACAACGUUACUAAUCUGUCCAUUUUCCCAUUUGUAUACUCGUCUGUCUUUGCCUUCCAAUCUAUUCUCCGUAAUCAGAAAUAUAUAUUUUUCUACCUUGCUUUUUUGGCUCAUUUGGUCAUGCAUCCCGUGUUUUCCAACUCCAACGUCGUAUCGACAUCUUUGUCAACUUCUCCAUUAUGCUUAUUCGCGUGCAAUGCCCUACCCUGCCCCCUCCCCCUCACCCUCCUACCCGCGCUGUGUCCCGUACACCUGAUUUGCACUUGUAGCACUCGCUCUCUUAUGCUGUCCUACUAACGUCACUACGGAAGGCAGGCUCACGGAUACGAGCAGUUGCUGUUUUUUCUUCUUCUUCUUCUGGUGCUUCUGUCCUCGUGGGGCAUCACCAGUUUGCUGCCUAUCCUAUGCAGUGUGCCCUUUAUUUAUUUAUUUUUUUACUACUGGCAAGCCUAACCCACCGGCGUAUCAUUUGAAACCUUUUUCUGUAGCCCCGUAUAACCCCACAGUGGUGUUUGCCGCAGUCGUUCAUGCGCGCCCGUUUAUGGCACUCGUCCGUGCGUGCCAGUUUAAGGCACUCGUUCAUGCGCGCCCGUUUAAGGCACUCAUUCAUGUGCCCGUUUAAGGCACUCGUUCAUGCGCCCGUUUAACACACUCGUGCAUGCACUGGCAACGCCGCACAAACCUGUCCGUGCUCGCUGCUUAUGCGCCGCGUCCUCACCAUGGAGACCUCGCGUCGAACGUUUGCAAAGCGCACUGCUCUUGCCACCGCUAUUAUGCUAUCCCGCUUCCUGGAGAGUCGCACGGCAGUGUGGCGUCUGGCGGCGUCGCUUCUAUUCUCCAUGCAUUGCGGCGACUGAUGUGUACCACUGUCAAUCGUGUGUUCUUUUCCUAUCUUUUGCUUACAUCUUUUGCUUACAAUCUUUCAGACCUUCUCAUUAUUGUAUGGUGAACAUGCAGAACUUGACAACGGCUACAAAUGGUGCCCGAACUCACUGCAUGGAAUCGUUGAUAUUACCGCUCUUUCUUUUUUCUAUUUUUUGUAUGUCUGCUUGCGAUACGAUAUAACUUGCUCCGAUUAAUUUCA